AUGAAACUCGCAGUCACAGUAUUGGCAUCAAUCCUGCUUGCUUGCUCGGUUACUACAGCUACUCCAGCCAAUCCCAGUGCAUUUGUAGGUAUUGUACCUGAGUAUCGGACAAUUUCUUAUCAAGAAGCUACACGUUUAGUUGAUACUAGUCGACUUUCAGAGGAUGAUGCGAGGUUGAUCGAAGGACAUCUAGAAACGGAUCGAAAACGUCAAGAGAUGAGGAAAGUGUGUGUCUUGGCCAAAUCUAAAGAGCUUGAUCAAAAAAUAUUGGUGGCAUGGCUGAAUAAGAAACAUUUCAGGUUACUACAUAAACUUUUGAAAAACAAGAAUGAUCCAACAUAUCAAAAAAAGCUUCAAAAUUCUAGACUCGAGCUUAAAGAAGCGAGAGAAAAACUCAAGGAGCUUGAAGAAAAGCGAGAGAAACUCGAACACGAUUUCUUUGUGUUUAGAUUGCCAUUGUAUUCAAUCAGAGAAAACAUCGCAAGGCGCCUGUUUGGAUAUGGUAUGGAUCUAGCAUCGUUUUAUUCUUGUGUUGAAUUUCUGAAAUUCAAUCGCGGUUUUCUUGAAAGCAUAUACGAAUCUCUCACUCUCCGACUAAACCAGCAGUCAGAAUCCGAGCAAGCUUCUACUAGUGGAACCCAGAGUUCAUCACAACAUCAUGAAAGUCCAUCAUCAUCAAGUGAAGCAUCUACAGUCCAAUCCACUCAAACAUCAUCCAGCACACAAAUAACUACGUGUUGUAUACAGUGA